GACAUUGGCAGAUUUUCACUUCUUCUCAUCCUGAAAUCCGGCUUGUUUCCCCUUACCGAGGGCGGCUAAUAAAUGUCACAUCCGCCAACACUCUUUUGUUGUAUUGUAGUUGGAACAAUGUAAACCGAAAACGGACCAAAGAGGCAAAAAUGUCUGGCUCAGAAUCUGAGCGAACCACUCGCAGUGGAGGUCUGCGCCUAGCUGCCAUCACAAGUGCCCAUGCCAGUAUGUCCAUAGGAGGAACAUAUUUGUCGGCAGCUUCAUCUAUCCACAGUGACCAAGGAAGUGAGGCAUCACACUCACAAAAGGGCAUCGUAGACUGGAAGAAGAGAGUGCGCACAGAAUAUAUGCGCAUUUGCCAUCAACGAAAGUUCAAAAGAGCAGAUGAAGUUAAGAAUGCCUUUGCAGCCAACCGUCAGCACAUAGAUGAAGAGUUGAAAAAGCAAGAUGAAUGGCUAAACAGCCAGUCUGUACCAAGAUUAAUAGUUCCUGAAACAUUGCCAAAUACUCCGAUCACUCGCAAAUGUGAAGUUUCAAGCGGAUUUAAUUUUCCAUCCCAGACUGUGCCUGUGCGAGUCAUGAAUGCAGUGAAACCUAUCCCUACUAUGUACAGCUGGGCACCUUUACAACAGAACUUUAUGGUUGAGGAUGAAACAGUUUUGCACAAUAUUCCCUACAUGGGAGAUGACAUACUGGACCAGGAUGGGGCUUUUAUUGAAGAGCUGCUUCGCAACUAUGACGGCAAAGUUCAUGGGGGUCGCAAUGCCAGCUACUUGUCUGAUGACCUCUUCCUCACCCUUGUACGAUCCUUGGCCCAGAUGUAUCCUGAUGCGGGGACUACUCGUGCAGAGGAAAGUGAGAGUGGAGAGGAAUCUCAGUGUUCUGUGCUGAGUGUAGGGGACAAGAAAGCAGAUAUCCCCGACAUUCUGUUUGAAGCAAUUAGUGCCACCUUUCCAGAGAAGGGCACAGCUGAAGAACUAAAAGAAAAAUAUCGAGAAUUAUUGGAAAAUGAGUCAGCAGAUCCAAGCACAUUGCCACCUGAAUGUACACCCAACAUAGAUGGUCCUAAUGCAAAGUCUGUUCCUCGAGAACAGACGAUGCACUCAUUCCAUACACUGUUCUGUCGUCGUUGCUUUAAAUAUGACUGUUUUUUACAUCCCUACCAUCCUACUCCCAGCAUGCUGACUAGAAAAAUGGCGCAGAGAAAACAAGACAGAGAACCCUGUGGUCCUGACUGCUUCCUGCAUAUUGCGGGCAUCAAGCCACAGGAGGAUGAAACUGAUCCAGAGGCUAGUCGGAGUAGUUCUCCUCCACGUCUUACCAGCCGCAAACACAAGCACAAUGAAAGCAGUAGCAACAGCAGUGAUGACAGUGAGGGUAGUAGCGAUGCACCAGAUAUGGACUUCCACUUUCCUGAGCGACACAAGCCUACGGCUGCUGAAUGGAGUGGAGCUGAAGAAUCUUUGUUUAGAGUCCUGGCAGACAUGUGUCGCAAUGACUACUGCACCCAGUCCAAACUUAUUUCCUCUAAAUCGUGCAAACAGGUGUAUGAAUUUGCUAUUAAAGAAGAGGCUCAUAUCCCCGAUCUUAAGGAAGAACGGAUCCAGACCCCACCAAGAAAAAAGAAAAAGAAGCCAAAGCUUUGGUCGAUGCACUGCCGCAAAAUUCAGCAGAAAAAAGAUGGCACUGCAAACCCUGUAUAUAACUACCAACCUUGUGAUCAUCCGGGACAACGAUGUGAUGAGUCCUGCCCCUGUGUCAUGGCCCAGAAUUUUUGCGAGAAGUUCUGCCAGUGCAGCACGGACUGUCACAACCGGUUUCCUGGCUGCAGGUGUAAAGCUCAGUGCAACACAAAGCAAUGCCCUUGCUUCCUGGCAGUGCGAGAAUGUGACCCAGAUCUGUGCCAGACAUGUGGUGCUGAUCAGUUUGACACAACAAAAGUCUCUUGUAAAAAUGUUAGUGUUCAAAAAGGUCUUAGGAAGCAUCUGUUGCUGGCCCCUUCAGAUGUAGCUGGCUGGGGUAUAUUCCUCAAAGAUUCUGUUGAGAAAAAUGAGUUCAUCUCAGAAUACAUUGGCGAAAUCAUCUCCCAAGAUGAAGCUGACCGACGGGGCAAGGUGUAUGACAAGUAUAUGUGCAGCUUUCUCUUUAACCUCAACAACGAUUUCGUUGUCGAUGCUACUCGUAAAGGCAACAAGAUUCGUUUCGCCAAUCACUCUAUAAAUCCAAAUUGCUAUGCAAAAGUAAUGAUGGUUAAUGGAGAUCAUCGCAUCGGAAUCUUUGCCAAACGACCCAUCCAGGCAGGGGAGGAGCUUUUCUUUGAUUACAGAUAUGGUCCAACAGAACAGCUUAAAUUUGUUGGAAUAGAACGUGAUGAAGUGGCUACAUAGGUUUUGCCACUCGCUUCAAGUAUGCAGUGCACAGUAAGAACACAUCACGUAACAGCCAUUCCAGACACUUGCAAUAUGGUAUGACAUGGGGUUGUUCAUUGUUUGGCAGGAGGCAAAAGAAAGUGUGUAGAUAUGGAAAGAGUGAAAUCAACCUUCAUUUUCUUUCGCUCUUGCAUUUCCAAAUACCAUGCCCAUUUUAAUGUUUAGUUGUUUAAUCCAUCUGAAAAAUGCUUAAAUUCAUUGACAGAAUGUUUCUUUGUACAGAAGGAUCUUCUUUGUCAGACUAAAGACCAUAAUUCAUAGAUAUUCUACAGGGUACUUAUUGUGACUGUGGGAAGGAAUUUAUACUUUUCUUUUUCCUGGACAUGCUUUACAUUGUGCCACCUAACAAUUUACUGAAUGUAAAUUGAGCUGUUUUAAUGGAUAAUUGUGUUCUGUGUUACACAAGUGCUUGAAGGCCUGCAAAAAAAGAAAACUGUGUUGGUGUGAAGUCAGUCCACAUCUAGGGGCAUUAGAAACAGUUCAGUCUUUUCCACAUACUGUCCAUGUGGAAUGCAUAUUUUUCUUUCAGAUGUUGUAUUCUAAAUAAAUGAGAUUUAAUUCUGGUUGAAUUUGAAGUAUUUUCAAUUAUGUUUGAAGAAAUAAAAUAUCUGAUGUUAUAGUUCCCUUUAUCUUUGGGAAAAAAUAAUUUUCCUAUCCCUCCAGAUUAAGAAAAAACUGACUAUUUUAAACCCACUUUAUAAUCAUAUGUCUACUUCAUACAGGCAAACACUUUUUUAGUUGGAAUUUUUUAUUUUAUCAGAUGUUUAUCUGUCAGUUUCUGCAACAAAAUUUUGUCUGUUUACAGCUUUCUUUUUGGAAGACUUAAAAGUGACUGGACAUCAUUUCAGUGUUCUCUGUAGCAUUUCAUGAAUUUGGUGUUUGCUAAAUGAUUUGGAUAAGUGGCUUAUCACUGCUUUUCUGUUUGUCCAUCAUGUCAAUAAGUGCUCAAAAAAAGCAUCAAUAAAUUCUGUGUUAAAAAAUA